CCUUCAUCACCAGUUCAUGCUAGUAUAUUAUGCAAAAUGUAAAGCUUUUACAAUGCUCAAUAAACCUACUUAAACCCCAAAACACUAAACCAUUCAUGUGAAUCUUUUUGGUGCAUAGUAAUCUUUUCCAUUUGAAGAAAAAUGUCCACAGUUGAAGAAGCACCAGACUUUCUUGAAGUUCUUUCUGAUGGAUCUGUAAAACGCUUUGUGCCGGGUGUGGUCCCUGCCUCACCAGAAUCAACUAACGGAUUCAAGUCCAAGGAUGUGAUCAUUGACUCCUCAAAGCCAAUUACUGGAAGGAUUUUCCUUCCUGGUAAUCCAACAUCCUUGAGAAAGCUUCCAGUAGUGGUUUAUUUUCAUGGUGGUGGCUUCUGCAUUGGCUCAACCACAUGGCCUGGCUACCAUCAUUUCCUAGGAGGCUUCUCUGUUGCAUCCCAAUCCAUUGUUAUUUCAGUUGACUACCGUUUAGCUCCAGAGAACCGGCUCCCCAUAGCUUAUGAAGACUGUUACUGCACACUUGAUUGGCUUGGUCACCAAGUAAGCUCUGAGCCAUGGCUGGACCAAGCUGACCUCUCCCGGGUGUUUCUCUCGGGGGACAGUGCAGGGGGAAACAUAUCACACAACGUUGCUGUGAAAGUCAUUCGGAAUAAAAUCAGUCAUGUCAAAAUAAGCGGCUUAUUGUUGAUACAUCCUUAUUUUGGGAGUGAAAAGAGAACCGAGAAAGAGAUGGCUGAAGAGGGAGCAGGGGAUGUGGCAAGCAUUGACAUGUUUUGGAGACUAAGUAUACCUGAGGGCUCCAACCGUGACUAUUUCGGAUGUAACUUUGAGAAGACACAACUGUCUGCAACCGAAUGGAUCGAUGAGUUCCCUGCUGUGGCAGUUUAUGUGGCAGGGUUGGAUUUUUUGAAAGAGAGGGGAGUGAUGUAUGCUGAGUUUCUACAGAAAAAAGGAGUUACAGAAGUGAAGCUGGUGGAGGCUGAGAAGGAGUCUCAUGUGUUUCAUGUUUUUCACCCUGAAUCUGAGGCAACCCGUUUGCUUGAGCGAAAUAUGACUGAAUUCAUCAGGAGCCAUUAGCCAUUUUCAGAUGGUCAUCACUAAGACAUCCCAAUGAGCCAUAUGGAAGCUAAUGGAUAUAUGAAAACCUUCUACUUCUAUCUGUACUUAUAAUAUUCAAAUAUAUGCAUAUUUUAAGAUGAAAUUCCCAAUCAAAUUCG